GCAUUUGCGCCUCUCGACCUGUUGAACGACCGACCGACCUCAUCGCCAAAUUUUAUCGCCCAGCGCCGCACCCAGUCCACCCUUCUCCCCCCAAUACCCAACCAAUACCGCAAAAAUGGCCGGUGGAAUCAACGUUCGCGAUGUCGAUGCGCAGAAGUUCAUCAACGCGUACGCCGCUUUCUUGAAGCGUCAGGGCAAGCUGCCCAUCCCCGGUUGGGUUGAUAUUGUCAAGACCGGCCCCGCCAAGGAGCUCCCUCCCCAGAACAUUGACUGGUUCUACGUCCGCGCCGCCUCCGUCGCCCGCCACAUCUACGUCCGCAAGACCGUCGGCGUCGGCCGCCUCCGCAAGGUCCACGGCUCCGCCAAGAACCGCGGUGUCCGCCCCUCCCACCACGUUGACGCCUCCGGCUCCGUCGACCGCAAGAUCUGCCAGGCUCUUGAGAAGAUCGGUGUCCUCGAGAAGGACGAGGAGAAGGGUGGCCGCCGCAUCACCCAGUCCGGCCAGCGUGAUUUGGACCGUAUCGCCCAGACCACCGCUGAGGCUGAGGAGGAGGAGGAUGACGAGUAAAUUAUUCCCUCAACACGAUUUAAAAGUUGUUUGCGGUAAAAUAAAAUGAGGUUCCGGGUCAUGGCUACGGCAAUGGGCAUUGGGUUAGGCGUCUGAAAAUGGAUUACGGGUUUCAUGAUUGCAACAUUUGGAACCACACCCAAAUUCAAGUUCCGUCUUUACCUGGUGUUUCGAUAUCUUGACAUGUAGUGUGUGUGCUACACGCCCCGCAGAAUUCACGUCGGACCUCACGUCGUCUCACUGCUGUCGCUCCUUCCCAAUGAGAUGCUGCCUCGUGAGUUGCUGCGUAUCUGCCUUGUCGUGAUUGGAUUCCAUACCCACCUCACCAACCCGUCUCUGGUGCUCAUCCACUUCCUCGCCGACAUCAC